UUCAACGACUUUCCUGAUGCAUCGUCUCCUGUGGCCUUACUAAAAUUUAUUCUUGAUAUGAGAAUAUAUGGGUGCGAAUUUCAGUUUGGUUUGGAACCGAUGAAAGAGUUCAUUAAAUUGGAGCAGAAGUACGAUGUUUUCAUCACAGAGAAAUUCGGAUUCACUUGCUAUUAUGGCUUAGCGCACAAAAUGGGGUCUCCACCGUUAAUUGGAUACACUUCUCUUGGAAUUACGUCACUUAAUCGGAAGACUUUCGGUAGCCCAAUUAAUCCUUCCUACAUCCCCGACUAUAAUCUCGGAUACACGGACCACAUGACCUUCUGGCAGAGACUGUACAACGCUUACAUCUUACUGCGAUCGCUGGAUGUUGAAGAGACAGUUCUGUAUGGGAAAGAGGAAGAGGAACUGAAGAAGUAUUCCGGUCCCAACCCACCUACCGUGAAGGAAAUGGAUUACAAUUUCAGCCUCAUGUUGGUCAACAAUCACUUCAGCGUGAGCUACCCUGUGCCGAACACGCCAAAUAUCGUCGAAUUAACUGGACUACACAUCCAGAAGGAGAGGAAACCGCUGCCUGAGGAUGUGAGGGACUUCCUGGACGGUGCCAGGGACGGCGUGGUUUACUUCAGCCUGGGCUCCAACGUGCAGAGCAGCGCCAUGCCUCCAGAGACAGUCCGCGCCUUCACGGACGCUUUCGCUGGAAUCCCGCAGCGCGUGCUCUGGAAAUGGGAAGCUGAUGGACUGCCCGGUCAGCCCGGCAACGUGAUGACCGCCAAGUGGCUGCCGCAGCAGGACGUGCUGGCUCAUCCGAACGUACGCCUCUUCAUCACUCAGGGAGGACUACAGAGUUGGAACGAGGCAGCUUAUUUCUCUGUGCCCGUCAUUGGGAUUCCUUUCCUAGGAGACCAGAUUUACAAUGUUGAAAAGAUGCUCAGUUUAGGCGUUGGACGAAGGCUGGAUUUAAAAGACGUCACCAAGGACAGUGUACUGGAAGCGGUGCAGACUGUUCUGGAAGACAAGAGCUACCAGGAGAACGUGAAGCGCUUCUCAGCCGUCUACCGGGAGCACCAGAGCACGUCCCUGGAGAGGGCGGUGUGGUGGGUGGAGUACGUGAUCCGCCACCAGGGGGCCCCCCACCUGCGCAGCGCAGCCCUCGACCUGCACUGGUGGCAGCUGCUGCUGCUCGACGUCAUUGCCUUCAUACUGGCUGUGGCAGCAGUGGCUGCGUUUGUCAUCUACAGGCUGACGCGAUGGCUGUUCACGUGGUUCGCUCGACCCAGUAAAUUAAAGAAUCAGUGA